AUGGAGCAUUUCAGGGAUUCUGCGACCCUCCCUUUUAAGUCUGCUUCAACGCUGGUCUCCCCCGGCUCCUUUCUCUUCCAUCCUUCCGCGAAACCCUCGGGGACUCCCGCUUUCCAACCACCCCAGCGACGCACAAUGGACAAAUCUCAGCAGCCUAGUUCCUUCCAGCAGCUGGAAAAGCUCGGAGAAGGCACCUAUGCCACUGUCUUUAAAGGGCGCAAUCGCCAGACGGGCGAGAUGGUCGCGCUGAAGGAAAUCCACCUUGACUCUGAAGAAGGCACCCCGUCCACUGCCAUCCGCGAGAUCUCGCUGAUGAAGGAGCUCAAGCACGAGAGUAUCGUCUCGCUCUACGAUGUCAUCCACACCGAGAACAAGCUCAUGCUGGUCUUCGAGUUCAUGGACCGCGACCUGAAGCGAUAUAUGGACACCCGCGGCGACCGUGGUCAGCUGGACCCCAUCACGAUCAAGUCGUUCAUGCACCAGCUGAUGAAAGGCAUCGCCUUCUGCCACGACAACCGGGUGCUGCACCGCGACCUCAAGCCGCAGAACCUGCUGAUCAACAAGAAGGGCCAGUUGAAGCUGGGCGACUUUGGUCUGGCCCGCGCCUUCGGUAUCCCCGUCAACACCUUCUCCAACGAGGUCGUCACGCUUUGGUACCGCGCUCCGGAUGUCCUCCUCGGCAGCCGCACCUAUAACACCAGCAUCGACAUCUGGUCUGCCGGGUGCAUCAUGGCUGAGAUGUAUACCGGCCGUCCGCUGUUCCCCGGCACCACCAACGAGGACCAGCUACUGAAGAUCUUCCGGCUGAUGGGAACCCCCUCGGAGCGCUCGUGGCCCGGGAUCUCGCAGCUGCCCGAGUAUAAGCCCACCUUCCAUGUGUACGCGACUCAGGAUCUGGGCGUGCUCUUGCCGCAGAUUGACCAUCUCGGCCUGGAUCUCCUGAACCGGAUGCUCCAGCUGCGCCCGGAGAUGCGGAUCAGCGCCACUGAUGCCCUGCAGCACCCCUGGUUCCACGAUCUCCCCCAGCUUCAGGCCCAAUUGCAGCAGCAACAGCAGCAGCAGAUGGCGGGCGCGUAUGGAGGCAUGGUCCCGCCUCAACCGGCAUACUAG